CUUCCUAUAGUUUCAAAGGUAUCACUAACAAAAUCAUAUUCAAGAACAGAAAAAAAGAGCUAAAGAGGGUUUUUCAUUUGAAGAAGAAUGACACUUGGAAACUCCUCUAACCACAAAUCUCAUCAUCAUCCUCAUCACCGCGACUCGGUGAAGGAGUUUCGAGUUUCCUUUGCAGCUGAAGAACCGAUCCAUGUCUUGGAGUAUGAGGAUAUGAGGAGGACUCAGAGCGAGAGAAUGAGUAGGAGAGAGGCUACGAAAGAAGUAGAUGUUGACAAGGAAGCAGAUGAAUUCAUCAAGUUUGAGCAUAGGAAGUUCUGUAAGUGGACGACGACUAAGAGCGUCUAGAGCCGUCUAGUCCAUUGGGGAUGAAUAAUUUAAAAAACACAAUAAGGACAUAUACCAUAUUUUAUAUAUAUUGUAUUGAAUUAUAUUGAUGUAUUGUGCUCUGUCUUCUUCCUUUUUCUUGUGUGGAACCAUCUUCUGGUUCUUACUGUGGUUUUUGUAAGAAGAUUGAUGUCGUCUGUUUCCUUUAUCUACUAAAAGGGUGCAUGGAAAUAAAAAUUUAAAACUAUAA